GUGAUAGUCUCGUGCUUACGCGUGUCGCCGUACUGUGCAUCUUCUCGGUUAUCUGUUUGGUUGUGUCGCGCGCGCUUCAUCCCGUGCGCAUCCAGGAUCCAGGUGCACAUCUUCGCGGUGAACUGACCACGACGAAGUGGGAUGAAAAGUGAUAGUUUAAUGGUUUUAUUGUGAUACAUUUGUGUUGUUUUGUGCGAUGGAGUUUUAGUGCAUUUUAAAUUUAAUAAAUUCCUCGUGGAUUGUGGAGCCGAUUGUGUGUGUGGUCAGGUCCAGUGCAUGUGAAUCUUCUCUACAGCAAGGUUUUCUUAAAUUGAUCGCGCUUCGCUGACGUCUCCGAUCGGACCUUCAUGUGUGACUGAAGAAGCUGAAGAUAUGACACAUGCCUUGACGAGUGAUCGUCGUCCGCACAGCAACACAAGCAUCACGCGCCGCGCCGUCUGCCGGGCAACCGCCGUAGCCUUCGCUCCGCUAUGCCCACCAUGUCUUCGUCGUGGAUCGAGAAUCAGUUGCCGAGUCCGGUGAGCGUCCGGAAGUCCCCAAAGGUCCGUGAUGAUCCCGGUGGCGGCGGUAUUACAAAGUCCCCGGAGGAAGCUUUUGGGAAUCUCAGCAACCAGAGCAACGUUUCCGGUGGUAAACCCUCGGUACCGCGCCGCAUCGGUGACAUCUUUCGCAAUCGACUGAAGCUGGCCGGUGCGGCCGCUCUGCGCUCCUUCAGCACUAGCCUCCCGCAGGAAUGCAACAUGCGGUCGGAUGUGGAGAGCAGCGUGGAGGUGGUGCCUUCACCGAGGACACCGAAGCACGGUUCGAAGGUGAAGCCUCGCGACUUUACCUCGCUCGAUGCGGUUGUGAUCGACGAGCGACCAGGUGGCCGUACCAGUACGCUGAUCGGAUCCGCCAGUGGUGGUGGUGGCCUGAGAGCACGCCGUAGCUCGACAUUGUCCCGCCAAAGGACGCUACAGCGCACGUUGAGUAGUGUGAACCCGCAGUUUGUGGAUGACGAUGGAGCGGUCGCAGGGGACGAAACUGGCUACAGUGGAAAGCAGCAGCAGCAGCAGCAGCAGCAGCAACAUAGUCGUUACGAAGACUGCUCCGGCAAGAUGAAACAGGACGAUGCGGUGACGGUGGGGACCCGUACGAUGGCGGACUUUCAUCGCCAGACGCUCACCGGCGUGGGACGGCCGGCGGAUGGCAAGGCACUGGAUGGCCUUGGCCGUGGUCCGACCGAGCUGGCGCCGAUGGAGGAGGUCGUCGUUGGGAAGCCACCGAGCCGUGAACGCAUCAACUCUACCUCACACUACUCGACCGAGAAGAGCGGCUCGUCGGGUUACUACAGCACCAACCUCUACUCGACCGGCGGUUCCUCCGUUGAUGAGCACAUCUACUGCGAACCGAUCGAUCGCCGUACGGCGGGUCCGUUGGACUCGGUUGGCGGUCAGCGUGGGGUCAACGGUGCAGGUGAGAAGAAGUCGUCAGCUACCGGAGCACCCUCCAGUGGAGGCGUUAUGGGUACGAGAAGCACCAUGAAGCGUCGAAGCGAACUGGAACUGCAGGCGGACAAGAGUAUACGGUUGGAGCAGUACUACUAUCCGGCCUCGUUGGCCUCUCCGGUGCAGCCAGUUCAGCUUAAUGUGUUACGAGCGGCAACGAUGACCUCCAACCAACACCAUCAGCAGCAUCAGCAGCAGCAGCAGCAUCCGCAGCAAUCAACGAAAGCGUCAUCAACUGGUGAUGGUGGACUAGGAACGGAACAACAGCAGCAACAGCAGCAGCAACAGCAGCAGCUUUCUGUCAUCAUGGAGGGUACUGAUGGGCAGAUACCGCGCCCUAUAUGGCCCCUCGAUACGGACGACUCGCUGAUGGACAUCAAUCUGGAAUCCUUUCGGAUGGCGAACCACAGCAGCCAGAAUUUGAUCGGUUUCGAGAGUCCGUCCGUGCUCUCCUCGAUCUCGGAUGGCGAAGCGUACCAAAGGGAUCGACAGCAGCCACCGGGAGCAGCUACUGUACCCGUGGACGCAGAGCAUCCGACGCGCAAAAAGUCCCAGUACGAGGAGUACCUUGAGUUCCACAACACUCGCAACAUCCUGGAGCAGAUCCGUGGCAAGCUGAACACGCUGCUCGAGCAACAGCAACAGCAACAGCAGCAGCAGCAGGACGCGGACCAGACUCGUCGUUCACCGGGUGGAAGUGCGAUCGGUUCGAGUACGAAUCCCUUCUCCAGUGCGUCGGAACUUGAGCGAAACAUUGCCGUGCUGAAGGCGGACCUGGAUGGUUAUCUGCGCACGAUGAACCAGAAGAACGAGAACGAGAUCGGACGCUUCUGCAAGGGUAUGAGUCGGGAACCGAAGGUGUUAGCGGUACAGAAUGCGGUCGAGCAGCGUAAUCGGUCCCGGUCCGGGUCGAUCCUGAGUUUCGAGCAUGAGUACGAGUUGCUGGAACGCGGCCAGCAUCCGCCAGCGUUCGGUCAGACGACGGUGUUCGGUGGUGCGAGUAACUCGACCGUCGGUGGUGGUUCAUUCAUUCCGUACUAUCAGGUGCUGGCACCGCUUGAUCCCGAUCGACGGGGGAUCGAUGUGAUGCCAAGGGAUGAAGGUGUUCGGCCACCGGCAGCACUGCCGGCCUCGGUGCUGGCACUGAACCGUCGUAGCCCUCCGAAUCCGUUCGCCCAGGAGGUACGCAGCAGUCAGAUGUUGCAGGCCGGAUCGUCGAGUGGUGCCGGUGCCGGUGCCGGUCUACAUUCACUGUGCUGUCAGCAGCGUUACCUGAAUAAUGACGAGAUUCGCGUUUGCAGUCGUUACGGUGGUUGUGAUCGGAAUGUGACGAUCGAUAUGCCGACCCGCGGUGAUCUCGCUGUUGACGAGGGUGAUGAGGAUGAUGAGGACGAUGAGAGCUAUAUCCGGGGGCUGGACUAUGGUGCCAUGGUGGGCCGUAGUGUAAGCUGCCAGGGUGAUGAUGGCGUUGAACGGGGCCGCGGUAGUGGAAGUGUCAGUAUUGGGAUACCGGAGGAUCCGGAUGUGGAGCGAAGAGGAGGAAGGGGCCUCGGUGGUGGUGGUAGUAGUGAUGGUCGCAAGCAUAACGGUGAUAGUGCCAGUGAUAGUGGAGAGCGCCCGAUGGCGCACUGUGAUUUCAAUCAGCUGCAACGCAACCUGACGCUCGAGCGCAUCAUUCUGAUGGAGAGCCUCGGGAAGUCGCGCAACGGGCAGUUCGGUGACAAGGAGAAGAUGCUGCUCGAGUGGCACCAGAACAAACCGAGCUGCUGGGAGCUGUACUACGGAGCGAACCGGGAGGAGCAUAAACCCCACCAGACGCUCAUCCGGAAGAUGAAACUCGGACGCAAGAGUACGGUGUGCAUUUCUUACCCCUCUACCAGACCCGAAUCCGACUUCACGCUGGACGUGCCCCGGGCCGAACAGCUGCGCCAGAAGAUGAAAAAGGAGAAGCAGUUCCGGAGCCGGUGUCGCUGGUUUUUCUACUUCCUGAGUGUCGUGUUCUUCCUGCUCUCGGUCAUGGUGGUCAGCCUGAUAUUGACGCGCGGCAAGCGAAUGUUCGGGAGCAUGAUCUGAGGAGGACACCGCUGCCCGGAUUUCGACGGAGACGACGUGUGACGUUUCGUUGGUGGCGUUCGCCGCUGCGCUGUUCUAAUAGUAUUUAUGACAAUUUUAACUCUUCCCCGUAGCGCAACAAAGCAGCGCGGAAGAAGAAGAAGAAGAAGAAGAAGAAGAAGAAGAAGAAGAAGGAGAGGAGGAUCAAAUGAAGCAAUAGAAGGCCCGAGACAACCCCGCCCCCAUCACUAACGCGCACGACGCCCAACCUUCAUCAUGAUGCGCCGCCUUUUAAUCCUCCCUUUCUCCCUGUUCUUUAUGCUAAUCCCACCGUUUUUUUUUGGGUGUUAUUGGGUGGCCAUGGGAGGAACGGAGUUUCGCAAUCCCGCAUCCGGUAGUCAGUAAUGGUUCUCUUAUCAAAACCGGAGCACCCGUAAAGGCGUCAGGCGCCGGGCGCUCGGGCAGGGUCUUGAGCUGAAAGUAAUGAUAAUUUAGAUUUGAUGUUGAUCGAUGUUAUGUUUUGUUGUCUCUUCUUUUUUGUGGAAAGUAAAUUAAAUUUUGUACGACUUAUUUUUCGUGUUUCGUGUCGUUCGUGGCCUCCUCUCGGUUGGUCCUGCGGUGCUGGUUAACUGACUGGUGCCUGUGAUGUGUUGUCUCGCUACCGUUCUUUGUCGCUUCUCGCAGCCCACUUACGAAGGUGUUUCAUUUUCCAUUGGCCUCCCACCUCCCUCGGUUCGGUAUGGCAGAUUGAUGACCUGUUGUUGCUGUUGAGUUGAUUGAUUUUUAAACGAGUUUUAAAUGUUCGAAAAAAAAAGUCUCGCAACAUCCUGUGUGCGUGUGCCACGUGCCUGCUUAUCGAUGAUACGCGGGGUGUGCUGGUGUUUGGUGAAGCCCACCUACAUCACGCUUGCUGCGCAUCAUUUCAUCAUUUCACUGGUGGUUGGUGGGCAGCGGCACGAAAGAUGAUUUAAAAGCAACAUUUAAUUUCGUCCAGAUGCCUGUUCUGCGACACCUUCAGGCAACAUAAGACGCGCGAAGCGAUUGCAAUCGCGGCGUAGCACCAAGAGCGAUGAUGGCCACUCGCUGCUGAUGAGUCAACUCGUCAGCCAAUUAUAAACUUCCACCAUUUCGUUUGCAUAAUGUAAUCGGAACAGGCCGGGUGGCGACAGCGACACCCCGGGGGAUAACGUUAGCCAUAUAGAGGCAAACAAACGGACGAACGGUGAAACAAAUGGAACAUCGCACAAUCAACUCCGCCGUGUCCCGUAACGAGCGAACAAACUACGGAAAAGGGCAGAUUGGAUGCAGUUCUGGAAAAUUAAAAAAGAAGGAAAAUGAAGACAAACAAACAAAACGAGAAACGGCAAACUUUCCAAGAAACGGUUCUGAUAUGAUUUCGUGUUCUGGUCCCCAUCGCGGUGCUCCGGUUGCCGCGGGAUUUUUUUUAAUUUGCCUUCCGCCACGUUGAUCCCUUGCGGGAUGAUUGGUAUUUAUUGAACCGGAACUGCUGGAAUGGCGCCGCCAUUUCGGUUACCGAGUGGAAGUGAACUUGCACAAGUGAUUGCUUCUGCUGCUGCUGCUGCUGCUGCGGCCGCCGGAACUCGUGACAGAGAAGUGCCACAAACUGUUGUCCUCAAGUCGCUUCAAGGGGUCCUGCUCUACUUUGUGGUUGGUGCGGUUCCGGGAGUGACAACAAAUCAGGCUGAGCUAGCCUUUGGUUGGUUUGGUGAGGUUUCCGGGGACAACCUUUCGUCACCGAUCACCCGUGAAAACAGUGUCAGUUGAGUGGGAAAAUUGAAUUCCUUCAAGAUCGAACACUGGGUUUUCAGCAGCACGGUUGCUGCGGUCCACCAACCACCAACCAUUUCACUAUUGUUAAUUGAAUCCGUCCGACAACCUACCGACAGCCAACCGACCAGCGAGCCACAAAUUCAAGGAAGUGAUGACUUUCUUAAUCCUUUUGUACCCGCUUUGUACCGGAAGGACCGGGUGAAUGAAAGGAGCAAAGUUUAGGACGACAAAUGGUCCCGCAGAAAUUAAGCGAAAGAAAAGACAAACCAUAAGAAGAGGACAAUGUCGCCGCCCCCUGAGGGGGGGCUUUUGGUGCUUGCCGUUCAUUGAGAAGUUAACAGAGCGAAACAGAGCAGAGGAAGAGGAAGAGAGAGAGUGAAAAAGAGCGGAUGCGGGGACAGUGGGGACACAUCUAAAGUAAUUAAAUUCGCGAAGCACCCGCGCAGGAAAGGCAAAGUGGGUUGGGGAGAUUGUUCGAGCGAACCUCGAAAAGACUCGUUGCUUGGGCACGGGGAACAGUAACAUGAAAAACUCAAUGUAAUGGGGGGAAGGUCCUCGGAACUCCCGCGCUAAAACGGAAAUGAAAACGAAAGAUAAGAUCCUGGCGCCGGUUGCCCGUUCAGCGUUUCCGGUGUCGGAAGGCGUGGGAAAUGCUGAGCUUCGCGAGACUUUCGUCUCAUCGAUGGUUACGACACGAGCAAGGAUUUCAAGCGAUUAAUCGUAAAAGGCUGCCGGUGAAGAUGUACGGUGCACCAUCUUGAGUGUCUUGUUAACACACACACACACACACGUGGGCGGGCUCGAAAUGUUUUGGAUGGAGUUAAUCCGGUUCUGGGAACUUCCUCCUCCGGUAUGUGUUUUCAAUGGCAGUGCAAUGGCGAAGAUUUGUUAAUUAUUUAAGAGACAAAGUUGGAGAAGUUGUUGCCGGUAUAUACCACUACCUUUUCAUGGGAAUGUGUAACACUCUAGGCAUUCGCAAGAGUGCUGAUGGAUUUCCUACACCAUUUCUGCGCGAUUGGCAAUCGAUAGGCCGAUAGGCUGAUCAAUCCAUUUUACCGAAGUGACAGACGAGGAUGAAUGCUAGUACAACAAGACGCUACUCUACAACGGCAGACCCAGUUACCACUCGGGACGUAAUUGAAUUUCGUUUUCCCCCUUGAGCUUCCAUCAUUUGGUUCCGCGAUUGGUCCCCCCGUUCCUUUCCGUUCUUCAGGUGAUUGUUGAAGGUGCAAUAUUCCGUUUCCAGCAUAGGAACGCUUUUGACGUUAUGUUUUUUCGUAUUGGUUUAAAUUUGUGAUGUUAGUCAUAUUACGACGUGUUGAUGCAGGCGAUUAGUCCGACUUUGCGGCGGAAAAAACCAACAAGAAUUUUAAAUCGUCAACGUUAUGCACGCGGCCGCAUGUUGUAGACUCUGUUGUAAAUGCGCGGAAUGUAAAUACACGUCUUGUUGUGGUUGUGUAGAAUGUAAAUAAGGACAAGGAAAAUUAAUUACGCAGCGUGAGCGUGAGCGAGUGGUUGAAGGAAAAAGGACGAAGAUGAAAAUAAAAAUUUGCGUAAAAACCAGUCAGCCCUUGGUUGUUACA